AAGCAAUGGAGAGAGAGAGAGAGAGAGAGAGAGAGAGUGUGUGCGUGUGUGUGUUCGCACAGGGGAUGAAACGAAAAGACUCAUAAGACUCUCUUUCUCUCACUAAUCCUCCUUUUUCUCCCUCACAUUGACGUAAUUUUCAUCUCCUUGCUGUUAUUGAAUUGCCGAGAGUGUUUGAUUAAUUUGAAUGGCAUACUGGGUAGAGUUGGUUCUGGAGCAUUGAUGCCAAUUUGCUAUAGUUGCUGAGCAGCUGAGGUGGUGUGUUGUUCAUGUACAUAUCUAUCAGAGUAUUUGGUUCUAUCGAGACGAAUUCAUCGGCGUGUUCGGUUCCGGCUGGUGGAGAGGGAAGUUGGUUUAGUCUCAAAGGAGGGAGAGGGACACCUCCAGGAUAUGGAAGAUGCCUUUUCUCAACUAAGGAAUGGAAUGAUCACCCUAUAUAAUUGGUUGAAAAUGUAACUGCACAGUAGGAGAAACAGAAGCACCAAAGUGGAUUCUUGGCGCCCACGAUGAAGUCUCCUUCUCCGGGACCGAGGGAGUCUGUAUCCUCACAUACACAGCCUAGGGAUUCAAAUGGAACAGCAGAAAUGGACGACCCAGAGAAAACAAUGGCUACAGUUGCUCGUUUUAUUGAGCAGCUACACGCUAACUUGUCUUCUCCGCAUGAAAAGGAACUCAUUACAGCACGUGUGCUAGGUAUUGCCAGAGCUAGAAAGGAAGCGCGGACCCUCAUCGGUUCCCAUGUUCAAGCAAUGCCUUUGUUCAUAUCCAUUCUCAGGAGUGGCACCCAGGUAGCAAAAGUAAAUGUUGCUUCAACACUGAGCGUCCUUUGCAAGGAUGAAGACUUAAGACUAAAAGUGCUUCUUGGCGGAUGCAUUCCGCCUUUACUAGCACUUUUGAAGUCUGAGAAAAAUGAAACUAGGAAGGCAGCUGCAGAAGCAAUUUAUGAAGUUUCGUCCGGUGGACUUUCCGAUGAUCACGUGGGUAUGAAAAUAUUCAUUACAGAAGGGGUAGUACCGACCUUGUGGGAGCAGCUCAAUCCUGAAAACAAACAAGACAAACAGGUAGAAGGGUUUGUCACUGGGGCUCUAAGAAAACUUUGUGGGGACAAAGAUGGGUAUUGGAGAGUGACACUUGAAGCUGGAGGUGUGGAUAUUAUCGUGGGGCUUCUUUCGUCGGAUAAUGUAGUUGUUCAAUCAAAUGCAGCUUCCCUAUUGGCCCGUUUGAUGUUGGCGUUGAGCGAUAGCAUCCCCAAAAUAAUAGAUUCAGGAGCGGUCGAAGCUUUGCUUCGCCUUCUGGCACGGGAAAAUGACAUAGCUGUCCGUGCCAGUGCUGCGGAUGCUUUGGAGGCUCUUUCUUCCCAGUCAACCAAGGCUAAGAAGUCUGUUGUGGAUGCAGAAGGUGUGCCAAUUCUGAUUGGAGCCGUAGUUGCUCCUUCUAAAGAAUGUAUGCAAGGGGAGGGUGGCCAGGCACUUCAGGGGCAUGCCACACGAGCUUUAGCAAACAUAUGUGGUGGGAUGUCAGCUCUAAUUCUAUAUCUUGGGCAACUUUCACGGUCCUCACGGUUAGCAGCCCCUGUUGCUGAUAUUGUUGGAGCUCUUGCCUACUCGCUGAUGGUAUUUGAGCAAAAAAACACUAAUGUCGAAGAGGAACCUUUUAAUGCUACACAAAUAGAGGAAAUCCUAGUAAUGCUACUAAAGCCUAGAGACAAUAAGCUGGUCCAGGAACGUGUCCUUGAGGCUAUGGCCAGUCUUUAUGGCAAUAGUUAUCUCUCCAGAUGGCUCAAUCAAUCAGAAGCAAAGAAGGUGCUUGUUGGACUUACAACAAUGACUUCUGCUACUGAUGUGCAAGAAUACCUGAUACUCUCUCUAAUAAGCUUGUGCUGCAAUGAGGUAGGUCUCUGGGAUGCCAUUGGGAAAAGAGAAGGGAUACAGGUACUGAUAUCACUGCUGGGCUUAUCCAGCGAACAACAUCAAGAGUACUCUGUUGAAUUGCUAGGGAUACUGACGGACCAAGUGGAUGACAGUAAAUGGGCUAUAACAGCCGCUGGGGGGAUUCCUCCACUGGUACAGAUAUUAGAGAUGGGAUCGCAGAAGGCAAGGGAGGAUGCAGCACGUGUUCUUUGGAAUUUGUGCUGUCACAGUGAUGAUAUUCGUGCGUGCGUCGAAAGUGCUGGAGCCGUUUCAGCAUUCUUUUGGCUUCUCAAAACUGGUGGACCAAAGGGCCAGGAAGCCUCUGCUGAAGCACUAACAAAACUCAUCCAAACAGCUGAUUCAGCUACCAUUAACCAGUUGCUAGCUUUGCUCUUGGGAGACUCUCCAAGCUCAAAGGCCCCUGUAAUUAGGGUUUUGGGUCACGUACUCGCUAUGGCACCACAAAGUGAUCUUGUUCAAAAGGGAGCGACAGCUAAUAAAGGGCUUAGGUCACUUGUCCAGGUUCUCAAUUCCUCUAACGAAGAAACCCAGGAGCAUGCGGCUUCUGUCCUAGCUGAUCUAUUCAGCAGUAGACAAGAUAUUUGUGACAGUCUUGCGACCGAUGAAGUGGUGCAUCCGUGCAUGAAGCUUUUGACCAGCAACACUCAAGUCAUUGCAACCCAGUCAGCUAGAGCCUUGGGUGCUUUGUCACGUCUAAGCAAGACUAAUACAAGCAACAGAAUGUCCUACAUAGCAGAAGGAGGUGUCAAGCAUCUCAUCAAGUUGGCAAAAACUUCUUCUAUUGAUGCCACAGAGACUGCAUUGGCAGCAUUGGCCAAUCUUCUGUCUGAUCCACAGAUAGCCGCAGAAGCGUUGUCAGAAGAUGUUGUUUCUGCUUUGACAAGAGUAUUGGGUGAAGGAACUUCAGAAGGUAAAAGGAAUGCAUCACGAGCCCUCCACCAAUUGCUCAGGCAUUUUCCAGUGGGGGAUGUACUAAAGAGUGACGCUCAGUGUCGUUUUGCUGUUCUUUCAGUUGUGGAUUCCUUAACGUAUAUGGAUAUGGACGGGACUGAUGCGGCUGACGCUUUAGAAGUAAUCGCACUUUUGGCAAGGACUAAACAGAGUGUCAACUUCACUUAUCCUCCAUGGUCUGCUCUUGCUGAAGUUCCCUCAAGCUUAGAGUCUCUUGUCCGCUGUUUGGCUGAGGGGCCUCCUCUAGUGCAAGAUAAAGCUAUAGAAAUUCUGUCUAGGCUUUGUGGGGACCAACCUGUUGUGUUAGGCGAUUUAUUGGUUGCAAAAUCUGGAUCCAUUGGUGGUCUGGCUAAUAGAAUAAUGAACUCUACCAGUUUAGAGGUGAGAGUUGGAGGAGCUGCAUUGCUCAUCUGUGCUGCUAAAGAACACAAAGUUCCGUCCAUGGAUGCACUAGAUUGGUCAGGAUACCUAAAGCCCCUGAUAUAUGCAUUAGUGGAUAUGAUGAAGCGAAAUUCUAGUUGUUGCUCUUUAGAAAUUGAAGUCAGAACUCCUCGAGGUUUUGCAGAAAAAACUGCUUUUCAGGAAGGUGAAUUUGAAGUUCCUGAUCCGGCGACUGUCCUUGGAGGUACUGUUGCUUUAUGGUUGCUAUCGAUAAUUUCUUCAUUUCACGCGAAGAACAAACAUACUGUGGUGGAAGCUGGGGCACUUGAGGCCCUGUGUGAGAAGCUUGCAAAUUACACUUCCAAUCCACAGGCUGAAUUCGAGGACACAGAGGGAAUAUGGAUAAGUGCCCUGCUCCUGGCUAUAUUGUUCCAAGAUGCAAAUGUUGUAUCAGCUACACCAACGAUGCGUAUAAUACACUCACUAGCGCUUUUACUGAGGUCUGAAGAAGUAAUUGACCGGUAUUUUGCUGCCCAAGCAAUGGCUAGUCUUGUUUGUAAUGGGACCAAGGGGAUGAAUCUCUCCAUUGCAAAUUCGGGAGCAGUGUCAGGGUUAAUAAGCCUCAUUGGUCAUAUAGAAUCCGAUAUGCCAAACAUUGUUGCCUUAUCGGAAGAAUUUUCUCUAGUUAGGAAUCCUGAUCAAGUCGUUCUGGAACACCUAUUUGAGAUUGAGGAUGUGAGAGUUGGUUCCACUGCACGCAAAAAUAUCCCUUUAUUAGUCGAUCUUUUGCGUCCAAUGCCAGAUAGACCAGGGGCACCACCAACUGCAGUUCGCCUGUUGACUCGAAUUGCUGACGGUAGUGAUGCAAACAAACUAAUUAUGGCUGAAGCUGGAGCUCUGGAUGCUUUAACAAAGUACCUAUCAUUAGGCCCUCAAGAUUUAACUGAGGCAACCAUAUCUGAGCUACUGAGGAUAUUAUUUACCAAUCCUGAUCUCCUGCGUUAUGAAGCAGCUAUAAGUUCCUUGAAUCAGCUCAUUGCUGUUCUGCGUUUGGGGUCCAGAAGUGCUAGAUUGAGUGCUGCUAGAGCUCUUCACGAACUUUUUGAUGCUGAGAACAUAAGAGGUUCUGAUUUAGCCAAACAAGCGGUUCAGCCUCUGGUUGACAUGCUUGAAGCCACUUUAGAAAUCGAGCAAAACGCUGCCCUAAUCGGCUUAAUUAAGCUUACUUCAGGAAAUCCUGUGAAAUCAGCUCUGAUGGCCGAUGUGGAUGGAAACCCCCUUGAGAGCCUCUACAAAAUUUUGUCCUCCACUUCUUCCUUGGAGAUGAAGACGAAAUCUGCGAAGCUUUGUUUUGUUCUUUUUUGUAAUCCAAAAUUCAGGGCAAUGCCAAUUGCUUCCGAAUGCAUAGAGCCACUUAUAUCACUGAUUCAAUCUGAUGUGGGUCCAGCAGUGGAAUCUGGUGUCUGUGCUUUUGAGAAGUUGUUGGACAAUGAACGGCUAGUGGAGUAUACAGCAGAUUAUGACAUUGUUGAUCUUCUUGUUGGUUUGGUUUUUUCUGGGUCAAACAAUCGGCUUAUUGAGGCUUGCAUCAGUACUCUCAUUAAGUUGGGGAAAGACAGGACUCCUUGUAAGUUAGAUAUGGUCAAAGCUGGCAUUAUUGACAACUGUCUUGUGCUACUUCCCACCACACCCAUUGAAUUAUGCUCAUUGAUUGCCGAACUAUUACGCAUUUUGACGAAUAGUAGUGUGAUUUCUAAAAGCUUAGAUGCUGCAAAAAUUGUGGAACCUCUAUUUCUAGUUUUGCUUCGUCCAGAUAUCAGUCUUUGGUGUCAGCACAGUGCCUUGCAAGCUCUAGUUAAUAUUUUGGAGAAACCACAGAGCCUUACAACUUUACAACUUACUCCUAGCCAAGUCAUUGAGCCCCUGAUUUCAUUUCUUGAGUCGCCGUCUCAACCUAUUCAGCAGCUUGGUACAGAAUUGCUUAAUCAUCUUCUCGCACAAGAGCACUUAAAGCUUGAUAUAACGACAACAAAUGCAGUUGUUCCCCUUGUGCAACUCGCAGGUAUUGGAAUACUGGAUUUGCAGCAAACGGCAGUUAAGGCUUUGGAAAACAUCUCUUUAAGCUGGCCAAAGGCAGUUGCAGAUGCCGGUGGUAUAUUUGAACUUUCAAAGGUAAUUAUUCAAGACGACCCUCAACCACCGCAUGCAUUGUGGGAAUCGGCUGCACUUGUUCUCUCCAAUGUGCUACAUUCAAACACCGAUUACUAUUUUAAAGUACCGCUGGUUGUUCUUGUGAAAUUAUUGAACUCAACAAGGGAGAGUACAAUAACAGUGGCACUUAAGGCCUUAAUUGUCCAAGAGUCAUGUGAUCCAUCGAGUGCUGAACUGAUGACCGAAGCAGGUGCAACAGAUGCUCUCUUAGACUUGUUAAGAUCUCACAAGUGCGAAGAACCUUCUGGAAGGCUACUUGAAUCUCUGUUCAACAAUAUGAGGGUACGAGAAAUGAAGGCUUCCAAGAAAGCAAUAGCGCCAUUAGCGCAAUAUUUGUUGGACCCACAAACUAGGUCACAGUCUGGGAAGCUUCUAGCGGUUCUUGCUCUUGGCAACCUAUUCCAGCGCGAAGGACUUGCUAGAGCCAGUGAUUCUGUGACCGCAUGUCGUGCGCUCAUAAGCUUGCUUGAAGAUCAACCAACGGAAGAAAUGACAAUGGUGGCUAUUUGUGCGCUUCAAAACUUUGUCAUGCCCAGUAAAACUAAUAGGCGAGCCGUUGCGGAGGCUGGAGGCAUACUGGUUAUUCAGGAACUGCUUCUGUCUUCUAACUCGGAGGUUGCUGGGCAGGCAGCAUUGCUCAUCAAACUUUUAUUCUCGAAUCACACACUUACAGAAUAUGUUUCCAAUGAGCUUAUCAGAUCCUUGACAGCGGCUCUAGAGAAAGAAUUUUGGGCCACAUCAACUAUGAAUGAAGAAGUCUUGAGAACCAUACACGUCAUAUUCACCAAUUUUCCUAAACUCCACAGUUCGGAGGCUGCUACUCUGUGCAUUCCCCACUUGGUAGCAACACUGAAGUCUGGGAGUGAAGUGGCUCAGGAUUCUGUGUUGGACACCUUAUGCUUGUUGAAACAUUCGUGGGCAACAAGUCCUAUAGACAUUUCAAAAUCUCAAGCCAUGAUCGCAUCUGAAGCCAUUCCCAUUCUUCAAAUGCUGAUGAAAAGCUGCCCACCGAGUUUCCAUGAGAGAGCAGACGGUCUGUUGAAUUGCUUACCAGGUUGCUUGACUGUUACGAUUAAACGUGGAAACAACCUAAAACAAGUCAUGGGAGGGACGAAUGCUUUCUGUCGAUUGACGAUUGGCAAUGGGCCUCCGCGGCAAACCAAGGUAGUGAGCAACAGUACUUCCCCAGAAUGGAAAGAAGGAUUUACUUGGGCAUUUGAUGUACCGCCCAAGGGACAAAAGCUACAAAUACUAUGUAAAAGCAAAAGUACUUUUGGAAAGACAAGUCUCGGUAGAGUUACGAUCCAGAUUGACAGAGUUGUUAGUGAAGGAGAAUACAGUGGACUCUUCAGCCUUAACAAUGACAGCAACAAAGAUGGGGCUUCCCGAACGCUUGAAAUUGAGAUUACCUGGUCCAACAGGAUAUCGGAUGAAAGCAUGUGAAUUUGAGGUAGAGAUAUUAAGGGACUAUUUCAUCAUCCCAAUCAGGCGUGGGAGGCUGAUUUCAUCAAAAGUGUGCAUAUCUUUUAAAGUUCCAGUUUUGUAGAUUCGUGAAAAAUCCAUCAUUUGUGUGUAAAAUGAGCGUGGUUCAGUUAUUUAAACAGAAAAGGUUUCUCAAAGCUGUAGGAAUGCUGUCCAGAAGUCGGUUGUACAGAGCAGUGUGUAGUUAUAGAGAAAAAUGUUGUUCAUUAUGAUGGAUUCAUAGACUGGGACAGUGCUCCACCUCUAAGUGAGUGAAAUGGGCUGCACUCUGUUGUUGUACCUGAGAAGUUAUCUACAAAUACAAAGAAGUUACCACCCAA